AUGGAGGCAUUUCUGCGCAAUUGGAGACAAGAGGCAUUGAGCAAACAACAAUAUGAUUCCGCAAUAUUCGUCGGCGACAAACUACUUGCUUUGACUAGUUCUGACGAAGACGCUCUGGCACUCGCUGAAACCCACUUUUCUGCUGGGAACUUUACCCGAGCGCUGGCAUUCGUGACGCGGUUCGGUCUGAUCGAUCGUUCACCGGCAUCGCAAUAUCUGGCCGCUCACUGCCACGUGAAGCUCAAUCAGCAUGAAGAAGCGUUGUCAAUCUUGGGAGAUAAGAAUCCUGUCCACCUCGUCACCACUAACGACGGCUCGAGGAGGAAAUUACAACACGUGGGAAAUGGUGUGUCCAACAAGCAGCAUGGCAAGUCGCGCGUGGUCGGUAGAAUCGAUCGGGUCGACCGAAGUGAGGAGCGAGAGCAUGAGGAUGCGACGAAUAUCAAAUACCAGGCGGGCAUGUGCUAUCUCCGUGGAGUGUGCUAUGCGAAAGCCAAUGCGUUCGAUCGUGCCAAAGAGUGUUACAAGGAUGCGGUGCUGAUAGAUGUCCGCUGUUUCGAAGCCUUUGAUCAGCUGGUGAAGAAUUCUUUGAUGAGUCCUGCGGAGGAAUGGGAGUUCCUUAACAAGCUAAAUUUCGACAGCAUCCAACCCGAUCCGGGGGAUGAAAAGACGGCGACGGCGCCGGAUUUCUUGAAGAACCUUUAUACGACACGACUGUCGAAGUAUGCCGCGCCCGAGAGAUAUCAGAGCGCGAUCGAUACGCUCUCUACGCAUUAUCGCUUGGCGGACAACGCCGACAUCAUGUUGUCCAAGGCCGAACUGCUCUACACGUCUUCUCGAUAUGAAGACGCUGUGGCAGUGACCUCGAAGAUCUUGGACAUGGACGCCUACAACUUCACUUGCUUACCGUUACAUGUCGCACUACUCUCCCACCUGAAUCGCACGCACGCGCUUUUCGCUCUUGCUCACGAUCUAGCCGACACCCAUCCUGAUGAGCCAUGUACUUGGCUGGCGGUCGGCACAUACUACCUCUCGACCGAUCGCAUCCCCGAAGCUCGCUCCUACUUCUCCAAGGCAAGCCUCCUGGAUCCACAUUUCGGUGCAGCUUGGAUCGGGUUUGCACACACAUUCGCCGCCGAGGGCGAGAGCGACCAGGCCAUCGCCGCCUACAGCACCGCUGCGCGGCUCUUCCAAGGCACCCACCUCCCGCAGCUAUUCCUCGGCAUGCAGGAGACCGCGCUCGGGAACCUCACCAUCGCACGGGAAUACCUCUCGGCGGCAUUUAACAUCUGCCGGUCGGACCCGCUGCUGAUCAACGAGCUGGGCGUGGUGCAAUACAUGGACGGCGAAUACGACCAGGCGAUCCGGAGUUUCGACUACGCGCUCAGCCUCGCCGCCGAGCACGGCGCGCCGCCCGCCCACUCCGCCGCCACGCACCUCAACAUGGCACACGCGCUCCGCCAGGCGCACCGCUACGAGGACAGCCUCGGGUUCCUCGACACCGUCCUCCGGCUGGGCCUGCGGGACGCGGCGGUGUUCGCGGCGCGCGGCCUCGUCCUCCUCGAGCUCGACCAGCCCUUCGAGGCGACGGCGACCCUCCACGAAGCACUCGCCAUCAGCCCGCAGGACCCCACCGCCAGCGCCCUCCUCACGACCGCGCUCCGCCAGCUGGAGGACUCGGGGGUCCUGGCCGGCGCGGACGAGAAGGAUGUGGACGACUCGUUGAAGGAGGCGGUGGCCCUGGUCCGCGAAGCCCGCGCGGCUCGCCCGGGGCCGGGGAGGAGAUCGAGGCGGAGGCCGCCGCGGAUGGUGUUGGACGAAGGCGACGGCGACGGCGAGAACGGCAUGGAGGUGGACCUGGACGCGUCGGAAGGAUGA